GUUGUGUAGGAGCGAUCUCUUUCCAGCAACCGGUCCGUCCCUCGAUCGACCGGUCCCGAAGCCGAGACCGAGACGAGAGCGAUCGCGACACAAAGCAUCAAAGUAUAAAGCGAGGUACUCAGCGCCAUUGGGAAGUUAGUUUCGAACCGAGAACCAACCAACAACCAGCACAAGCAAGCAAGCGACCGUCCUCGCUAUUCCGGACCCGAGAAAAGUACCGCAAGCAAGCAAGCAAGCAGAGGAGCAAUCAGUUUUGUGAGGUUAUAAGCAGAUAGCAGAUAGCAAAAGUGUAAGAGGAAGAAAGGAAGAGACGUAUAGUGUUUGAAUCGAGCGCGACAGUGAAUGCGGCCACGAUGAUCUCGGAACUGUUCAAUACGAUGCACAAGGCCCGCUUCAGCGGUAUCCGGAUCGUGCCAGAGAAUUCACCCUCACUGCAGCAAUCCUGUGUGCGUGCGUUCGUCGAGAGCGUACUGUUGCGGUCGGAGGAGAGCGAGGGCAGUGAGCGGAUCGUGCAGCUCCAGUUUCUACCGGCGACACUGCUCACCGCCAUCCUCAAUCGGAUGUGCGCCUAUCCGGCGCUGCGCGGUGUACUGCGCGAUGAGCUGGCCGAUCCGGUGACCUUCAUGAAGCUGUUCAACGGUUACGCCCCGGACUACGGUACGCUCGAGAAGUGUCUCCGUGAGGCGGCCCUCUGCGGGCGGCCCCAGAUCCUCAAGGAUCUCGCCAAUGGUUACUGUGAUAUGCUGCGCACCCUAGUGCUGCCGACGUUGCGCAAGCACGGAUCGUACUGUUCCGAUUCGGCUCCCGCCAUCAUGGCCCGGGCCCUUGAAACGCUCAAGUUUGGGGCGUACCUGUGUGAGGCCGGCUGGUGCCGGGCCGCCGUCGAUGUACUGUCGGUGACGGAGGAACUGCUGGGGCUGCUGCUGCUCGCUAACCAGCUACCAGCGCAGCUGACAUCGGCCCACCGGUCAACCCAUCGUCAGCUCACGGUCAAGUGUCUCGUGCAGCUGCUGCGCGCCCAGAUCGGCGCUUGUCUGACCUCGAAGGCGACCGUCACCGUCGGAAAGUUGUUGUCCUUCGUCGAUGGAUCGGUGGCCGCCACCGAUGACAACAGCAGCAUCAGCACCACUCUUCUAGUCAAGGUGUUCCUGCAGCUCGGCAACUACUACUACCAUGUGCAGGAUCUCGAUCGUUGCCAUUUUUGGGCACUGCGUGCCCUCGCCACCCUCGACGCGCAAGCCGAGCCGGGAGCGGACACGUCCUCAGCGACAACCGGCACCGGCGCCACCGCCACCGACAGCGGAGUGGGCGACAGCGAUGACGGUCAUGACAGCGAUGGCGCCUCACAGCUCGGUGACGUCAUCGAGGUGCUGCAGCUGAUCGCGCUGUUCUGUGUGGCGAAGGAGCGCCACGACCUUGGCAACAUGCUGAUCAGUCAGGCGGUCCGGCGUGCUCGCGCCCACUACGGAAGUCUCCAUCGGCGGUACGCCGACGUCCUUCAGCACUACGGCUUCGCGUUGCUGCGCAUGAACGCGAUCCUACCGGCGAUCACCGCGUUCACCGAGUGUCUCGACAUUGUCGGGCGCGUGUACGGUCUGCUCAGCCCGCACGCCGUCGUACUGGAGGGUUACCUGGCGCACUGUUUCUACCUCCGUUCGCACACGACCGGCCGGUUCGAUAUGGCGCUCCGGCAUGCGGACGCAGCGAUCGAUCUCGCCCGGCAGCUGAUGCCGGGUAGCCGGCUCGUACGCCGGCAGCUCGAAGCGACCCGCGAUCUGAUCUUGCGCGGCCCCGACCGUACGCUGGUGACCAAAGAGAGUGAACCGUCGCGCGAACGGGACUAUCGGCCCUUCACGCUGCAUGAAAUCCGCGAAAAGUUCUACGAGCUGGACUCGUCGUUCGAACGGGAAGCGGCCGUCCUGGCGUCACCAUCGUGUGGUUUGGCGUGCUGAAGGGCCGUCUGUGUGUGUGUGUGUGUGUGUUUGGCUGCUGCUGUUACUGUCGAAGUGGUAGUACCUUACGCUCUCUCCGUGUGUAGGGCCUUUGGUUUCAAACAAAACAAACUCCCCAAAGCGCCACGUUAAAGACUAAGUAGAGUAGAUACCGUAGUAAGGAGAAGAUCGGCGAUCAUGUGGAGUGUUCCAACUUCACUCUUAUCGCCAUUAAGAUACGAAGUACGGAGAUAAUAAAUGCUCGUUUUUGCAUGUGAACAUGCUCUCUAACAUGAA